AUGAAAGUCAUCGAUAUGACCGCCAGCUUUUUCCUUCCUCAACAUGCCUGCAGCGAUGCACCUCACUGUGCUGGUGUUUCUGCUCACAGUCAAUUUCUGUGCAGGCACCACCACAUCUAAAGUUACAACCACUUCUUCUGCAGGUACAACCACCACUCCGUCUGCAGGUACAACCAUCCCUCCGUCUGCAGGUACAACCAUCCCUCCGUCUGCAGGUACAACCAUCCCUCCGUCUGCAGGUACAACCAUCCCUCCGUCUGCAGGUACAACCAUCCCUCCAUCUGCAGGUACAACCCACUCCUCAAAAGGUACAACCACCACUCUGUCUUCAGGUACGACCAGCCCCUCUCCAGCUAAACAGGCCACAGAGACAAACACAACUACUGGGAACUCAACCACAUCGACAGGGACACAGAAAAACGAUGUCACAUCAAAACCCACCAACAACACACAGCAGCCUACAACUUCAACAAACCAAACAACAACAACAGCAUUCACUCCAGGGAAUGCAUCAACAACACCUCUGGCUUUGCCUUCGCCACAAACUACCAACAAGACAGAGGGAACACGAACAAGUGCAAUUCCUGAGUCACCAACAUCCAACCUGACAUCCGAAACGGCAACUUCCCCUGGAUCCACAGCAACAUCAGCGCCAAAAACACCGGACAUCACUUCAACCUCCUCAGCAAACACCACAGCCCCAGCCUCAGGCAGUGCAGGCCCUUGGAAUAAAGGAGACUUAGCGGAAAAUCCCGGCCUCGUCGCCAUCAUCUGUAUCUUCUGUAUCGUCUUCGUCCUGGUGCUGGUGGUCGCUACCCUGAAAUGUAUCCAAUCACCAAGGUCCAAGUUUGAGAGGCUUGAAGAUGUUCCCCUGGGCAAAGUGACAGAGGAGUCUCCGUUUGCCCGUUACGCUAAAUGACCCAGGAGACUGUUUCAGACACCAGAGACCAGCAGGAGUACAUUCCUGUCAGAAAUUUCCACAACAUCAGCACAAACAGACAAUGAUUUUCUUUCUGGCUCUCAUCGCUUCACAUUGCAUUUUUUGUCCGUGACAGUGAAAUAUUUCUGUCUCAGCUUUGGUGUGCUCAUUUGGCCGCUUUAAAUUCUGCUGAUUUAGCCUCUGAAGCAUAAUCAACUGUUGCACUAACUCAUCUGUGGUUUCCUCUGCCUAACAUGCACAGAUGUCAUUGUUUUUAUUAUUCUAGGUCCCUUUUGCACUCUUGCACAUAACAUGUCAUUUAAUAAAAAUGCAGCACAUUUAAGUUUCUGUAAUAUUUAGAGAUUAACAUACACUAUAUGGAAAAAAAAAUACUUGGCCACCUUAUCAUUACACCAGUGGGGACUGGAAUGACAUUGGAUUAAAAGAUAAUAAUUUCAAAAUGGGUCCCCCCCCCCAUUCAGCUUUAACAGUCUCCAAUCUUCUUGGAAGUCUUUCCACAGUUUUGAGUUGUUUUUGCAGAUAAGUGUGAUUCAUCACUCCACAGAACACAUUUCCACUGCUCCACAUGCCAGUGUCUGUGGGCUUUACAUUACUCCAUCAGGUGCUUGGUAUUGGACUAAACAGUUUUUGUGCUUGAAUUAAUGUCAGUGGAAGUUUAAUACUCCUCAGCUAUGGAAUCAGCAGAAUGUUGGCAACUUUUGUGCACCAUGCAGUCGUUGACUCCUUGGUCUUCUGCUUUGUGGAUGAGUUGCUGUUGUUCCUAAACGCUUCCACUUUCUAAUAAUAUCACUUACAGCUGUGUGGAAUAUCCAGCAGGGAGGAAAUUUCACAAACUGUCUUAUUGCAAAGGUGGCAUCCAUCAUAGUAUCAUGUUUGAAGUCACUGAGCUCUUCAGAACGACCCAUUUUAUUUAACAAAUGCUUGAAAAUGGAGACUGAAUGGCUAGGUGCUUGAUUUCAUACACCUGUGGCAACAAGUCUGAUUGAAAAACCUAAAUUCAGUUAACAGGUAUGGCGAAAUAUUUUUGUCCAUGUAGUGUAUUUGCAGAUUCAGUGUAGGUUGGGUUAUAUGAAUGUUAUUUGCUUUUUCAAAUAUGUCUUUAUGUUGUUUAAUGUAUAAAUAGUUACAUGGCUGCAGUAAGAAUGAACAAGUGUACAUGAUUUAUUUUUUAUCUCUGAGUUUUUUACUGCAUCAUGUUUUCCUUAAUUAAGUCCUGAAAUGCAGAUUCAUUCCAUUUUGUCAUGUCCAGCAUAUCCCUCUCUAAAAUGAAUCUUCUUUCUUUCAGGGAAGAAUUAAGUAUACAGAUUUCUUUCAAACAGUUUUGGUCAAGUAAUGUAGUUGCAGUGUAUUGUGUUAAACUCAGGGAUUUGAUUAAAUCAUGGUUUUGUAAAUGGGGGUGAAAAUGAUUCGGAUUAGCCUUUAUUUGUGCAUUUAAUGCUUAACUGUCAGAGAAAUGAAAGAGAGAAGCAAGUUUUCAAUAAAACAAUAUUAAAAUGUACAACAAAUGUGGUAUCUUUUGCUUUUUUAAAACAUCGUGUUGAUUCACCAGCUUGGACAGCAGCAGAAACAACAUCCUUUUAUCUGUUGUCUUAUCUAAACACUUGAACAGUUUCCCCUGAUAGAUGAGUCAGACUCCUGAGAUAAAUUGUGUUGUCUUCACUGUUUGAUGGUGAAGAUUACCCAAGAGGUCAGGAUGAAUGUGUGUCCUGAUAAGAAUGUCUGAGUCUAACAUCACCACAGAGACAGACUAAUAAGACACAGAGGCCCAGUUUCUCUACAACCUACUAAAAGAUGUCUAUAAAAUGUGAGGGGCAUCUUUUUUAAGAAUAAGUAUGUUAAAGUUUUGCACAGUGGUUUGUUGCUUAUUUGCUGAAGCUGUUUUCACACAUGCACUCCUGAGAUAAAAACAGAGCUCCAACUUCUUACCACCUGUCCUCUUUUCAAGGACAUCAGAAACAAGUUCUAUCCACUUUUCACCUGCAGACCAAAAAACGGGCAAACAAUGAACAGAAGUUUCUAUAUCUGCUGGGAGAAGUUCAACAGUGUGCAAGUGUCAAAGCACAUUCCAUGACCUGUUGUGACCAAAAAGAGCCCCAAACAUCACACCGCCACCAUGAACAGGACUGUCUACAAAUGCAGUACUUUGCAGAACUUUUAAGCGUGUUUGGAUCAAAAUUGAGGCUGAAGUAAAGUGUGGAUUUGGCAAGUAAGCUGCCUGAGGGCACCAUCAGACGGGAAGGAGGAUUAACACAGCCCCAGUCGUGCUCUGGAUGUCCUUGCAUUAUCAGAGGCAAGGGAAAAUAAUCUAACAAAGUCCACACCUUUAGGGUGGGUAAGGGGUGGAUGUCUUCUGUAAGCACGGCCUAAGAAAAAAUCUCUAUAUAAUCAGUUUUUAUAAAAUAAAAACAAACCCUCUACAUCCCUUUGACUGCUGCAGGAAUGAUGCAGUAUUAGAAUAUAGAGAUGUAGAUGUUAGAAAUAUCUUCAAAGCAAUCUCUUUAAACAAAUAAAUUUCAAAAUUAUUAAUGCUGGAUUUCUUGUGCUCUGAUUUAACUUGU